UAAAUGACAUUAUAUUACAUUACAUUAUAUUAUAUUAUAUAUAAGAAUAAGACAAUACAAUAAGUACACACGCAAUAUUAGUAUUUUUAUUUGAUGAAAAACAAACAAGGUUUAAAAGGACAUUUAUUUCUUAAUGAACUCUCAAGUUUCUCUCUUUUAGAUAAAAUUUUACAACUUUACCUUUUACUUGUAUUGUUGCAUUUUGUAUAUCGUGUAUAGUUUUAGCAUAAGUCAUUUUACUUUCCAGUUUACGGUUGCCUGCAUGGACCCCUGGAGGCCACUAGCAUCGACACUGCGGUGGGGGCGAACUACCUGCAAUACCGCAGUCCAGCCAGACGAGGGCGGUGUUGCGUCGUGUUUGUCCGUAUGAUCUUUUGAGGACAUGGUGGUGGAUCAGCAGCCAGUCAAGACAGCAGGAAUAACAACACAGCAGAGAUCAUUAUUAUGAGAACCGGGGCCAAAAAGGCAAUAAAAAUAUGCAACGAAGAUUGUGAUUAAAUUCCGAGUCUUCUGGCGGACCACGAGAGAGAGAAGCAAAUCCAAAUUCUGUGACUUGUUUUGGAAAGAAGACCCUGAGGUGGAGCUCUACUGGAAUCGUAUUGCCUUCUAGCUAGCUGGCUAACAUGCAGCUUUAGUGUCUGAAUUUGCACGAAAACUGGGAUAUAUCGAGCUGGAAUUUGCACGGACUUCCAUCAUCUCAACCACUUUAAUCUCCAUCUAUUCGCAUGCAGUUUAAGUUAUACUGGCCUUUCGUCUUGCACAUCUAUCUGGUUAUCUAGCUAGCUCGGAAGAACCGACUCGCUGGCACAGCUGAAAGCCGAAUACGCUGCGCUUUCGGUCGGCUUGAGCACCAACGCCAUGCCGCGGAUUGAAAUCGGCCUGUUCGUAGAGCUAACUUCAGCAAGCUAACGCUAGAUGGACACAGCAGGCCGCUUCAGAUGGUCGUUAUCAUUCCCUAGUCAUUUUAUUAGAUAAGUCACAACUCAAAUAGAAAAGCACAUUUAGCUUUCACCCUGCACUGUGCUUCCAUUUUUAUAAACUCAGCAGCCGACAGAACUAGCUAAUGCCGGGUAACCUGCUAAUUAGCUAGCUAGUUCGUUAGGGAGCAAUGCAAAGCCAACGAUAGCGUCUGGGUUGGUUGUUGUUUACAGUGUGAUAGCAUGUAAAUUAAUGCCAGUUACAGUUAGCCUGGGAGCGUGUUGGAGUGGUCUUUUUUUUUUUUUUUUUUUUUUUUACAUAUCAAGCUGAGGUACGGCUUAUUUGUGUGUGGACUACUUUGCAUUAGCUAGCCACACCAAUACGGACAAUAUCUCUAUGAAAAUCACUUUGAACAUCCAUGUUAGGUUUUAAAAUAAUCUAUGCAAGCAUAUGACUGAGAAACGAACGACAUUGAGGUAGUGCUUAGCUUGUACGGGAUUAGUUAGGUUGGCACAGCUGUUGAAGCCACACAUGUAAACAAGGUAGUAUUUCAUUGCAAGUUGACAUCAAAUAAUCUCUGUUACUUUGAGCUUAUCUUCAAUGAAUUAGCUUUACACAGACACUAAAACGCAUGGCUGUUGUUGUCUUCCUGCAGCACAGCGAGACACAUCAGUCAUUCAUUCAUGAUUGAUGACCUGUGAGGAAGCAGGCUAUCCUUUAUCCAUUUUCCACUACGACUGAACCACUGCACCAAACCACUAACUUCCUUUGUUUUAGUAUUUAUUUUGAACCACUAAUGCAACCUGGGUACUGAGGAGAUAGUCAGUUUUGAAUGUUAGUUUUAGCAGCACUUUCUUUUAUAAUCCUACUGACACCUAACUGGAACCUCAUGGGUGGAUGGGAACAUGAGGAGCGCUCUGUCUGAUCUGAACCAGCUUCCAAGUAGCUAGAAGAUCUGAUCAAAGCACAACAGACAGCCCCAUUGUGUGGACUAAGAACUGAGGAGGAACGAGAUGACGAUGGUGAUGGGGAUGAUGAUAAAAGAGGCCCAGUGACAGCGUUGAUCCCGCACCAGGAAGCAGAGGAGUUGUCACAAGGCUGCAGACAUGAGUCUUCGCCAACCCACCUCUACACUGGACAGCCCUUUUGCUGCUUGGCUCAGCAGUCUGACCAUCGGGGACUCGGAUCGCAAAUCCUCUGCCACCCAGCAGAGGGAGCCAACGGCCGAUAUCCCCGCUGAGAGCACAGGUCCUGGUCUUGUUCAGAGAUGUGUGGUCGUGCAGAAGGACCAGCUCGGUUUUGGCUUCACAGUGUGUGGAGAGAGAGUCAAGCUAGUGCAGAAUGUCCGACCAGGUGGUGCAGCAGUCAAGGCCGGGGUCCAAGAGGGGGACCGGAUCAUAAAGGUGAACGGCUCGCUGGUGUCCUCCAUGUCCCAUCAGGAGGUGGUGAAGCUCAUCAAAUCUGGAACAUAUGUAGCUUUGACACUACAAGGACCUCCCCCAUCAGCUGCUUCCUUGCCCUUAGAGCCCCUCCCCACUGACCUCACACCCAAUCAAAGAACGUCUCUGGGCGGGGAGGCUCCACCCCCUCCUCCUCCACCCUUGCCCUCUGGACUGAGCAGCAACCCUUCCCAAAGAAUCACUGGACCUAAACCACUACAGGACCCAGAAGUACAAAAACAUGCCACUCAGAUACUCAGGAAAAUGCUGGAGCAGGAAGAAGCUGAACUGCAGGACUUGAUGGAGGAGCGGUUGAGGAACCCGUCGCCGUCACUGGAGGAGCGGAUAGAAAGCGCGAAGAGGAGAGCUCACCAAGUCAGGGUCAAGAUUCAGCAAGAUCUGGAGGGAACGCGAUCAGAAUCUAUCACAAGCUACGUCAUAGCUGGAGAAGGUCGACUAUCAGUGGACUCAAGCGAAGGGGACAUGGAGGCCUUUGAGAGUCCCCACUCCUCCCCCUCAUCCUCCUUCAGGACCCCCCUACACCGACGGCAGAGCUCCGAUACACACACCCUCUCCGACUCGGGCGGAAAGGCCCAGAUCAUUGGCCCUGAGGAAGAAGACGAAGAAGAUGACGGCUAUGCAUUUAAUGAGAUGGAUGGUCCAUUCCAGGACAUUGAGUUGCUGAAAUCACGACCAGCACACAUGACAGUGUUCAUGAGAUAUGUCUUCACUCAGCUUCUUGACCCCAACCCUCUGCUGUUUUACCUCUCGGUGGAGGCCUACCUGGGCUCCAGUCCUAAAGAUGCCCGAGCACUUGCACCUCAGAUCUGCUCGCAUUACCUGGACCCAGAUGCUCCCUUGAAAAUCAAAGUACGAGAGGAGUAUCUCACAGAUAUCGAGAGUCGAUUACACGCCCAGGAGGACAUCAGAGGACCCCUGUCUGAGCUGCAGCAGCAGGUGCUGCCGGACAUUCAGGACCAGAUACAGGACUACAGGAACAAGCAGAUGAUGGGUCUUGGCUCUCUGUUUGGAGAAGGAGAUCUGCAGCACCUUGAUGGAGACCCAGUGAAAGAGAGACAGGUGGUGGACAGACAGGUCACUGCCCUCUGGGAGAUAUUAUCAAAGCACGAAGAGGACAGAAGUUCUCCUCUGGCAUCAGCGGUCCUCCUAUACCUGCGUCAUUCUGGUAUUAAACUAAGAGACUCCAAGGUAUUCCCUGGUCUGAGUACAGAGAAGGAGAAGUGGCUUGCUUUCUUAAAGACGAAAAAGCUGAGUGGUACCAAGAAAGAGAAAGAUGGAGAGGAUAAAAAGAGAAAUCCCAUCCUGAAGUACAUCGGCAAGCCACGAACCACAUCGCAGUCCACAUUCCAUGUCCCGUUAUCACCCAACGAAGUCCGUCCUGGCAGUGUGAGGAACAUCAUUCAGCAGUUUGAGAAUCACACGGAGACGACAGGAGAGGACGGAGGUGACGACGCCCAGAGGCUCUCCUCCAGCAGCCUGGGAGAAGACAGCAUGGACAGCCCUACAGUCUCGGUGCGUCUGGCACGCAGCGAGUCGUUGAAGGCUCAGGGAGAAGGGCGGCGGCGGGGUGUUGCCUCAGGAACGGAGUCUGUCCCCCGCUCUCGUAGUGAUGUGGACAUGGAGGACUGCGGGGAGGAGAGGGAGGGGCCUGGCCUCAGGCUGCUGCAGCACAGCGCCUCAUCGUCUGCGUCCAGCAGCUCUGCGCGGUCUCUAGAGAACCCUACACCCCCAUACACCCCUCGGUCUAGACGCAGGAGCGUGGACUCACCCCUUGCCCUGCUACCGGACGCCGCGGCGCUGGAAGAGGAGGUGUGUGACGGUCAGAACUGGCAGGACACGGUGCCUCCUCAGCUGCUCGCCACACUCAGCCCGAGGGAGGUGGACAGACAGGCUGUUAUAUAUGAGCUGUUCACCACCGAGGUGUCCCACCUGCGCACCUUGCGGGUCCUGGACCAGGUCUUUUUCCAGAAGAUGAGGUCUGUGCUGAACUCUGAUGAGCUGGCCUGCAUCUUCCCCAACCUGCCCCAGGUCUACGAACUCCACGCAAGUCUGUGUGAGGCGAUGAAGAAGCGAAGAGAAACUCCCAUCGUUCAGGACAUCGGGGACGUGAUGCUGGCCAGGUUUGAAGGUGCAGCUGGAGACGAGUUUCAGGAACAGGCAUCCCAGCUGUGCAGUCAGCAGUCUCAGGCUCUGGAGCUCAUCAAGAACAAACAACGUAAAGACCCUCGCUUCGCUCACAUCAUCCAGGAGUGUGAGGCGAGUCCUCACUGUCGGAGGCUGCAGCUGAAAGACCUGCUGGUGUCGGAGAUGCAGAGACUCACCAAGUACCCUCUGCUGCUGGACAACAUCAUUAAACACACAGAGGCUGGUUCGUCGGACCUCCCCUCACUCCAGCGGGCCCAGGCUUGUUGCCGAGGGAUACUGCAGGCUGUCAACGAGGACGUCAGGGAAACAGAACAUCGGCAACGUCUCAGCCAAUACCAACGCAGACUAGAUGCUGCCCCUCAAUUCAAGAGUCUGGACCUGACCACAAAGAGAAUGAUUCAUGAAGGUCCUCUCACCUGGAAAGUGAGCAAAGAUAAGCAGAUAGAGAUCCAAGCGCUGCUGCUGUCAGAUUGCCUGGUCCUCCUUCAGAGGGGUCCAGAUGACCGGCUGCAGCUGCGAUAUCCAUCCCGCUGGCUGGGUGGAGGCGGAGGAGGCAGCGGAGACAGCAAGACCUCCUUCAGCCCUCUGGUGAAGCUGGACUCACUGCUGGUCCGCUCAGUAGCUACAGACAAUAAAGCCCUGUACGUCAUCAGCACCACAGAGAGGCAGAUCUACGAGCUGGUGGCCGGAACAUCAUCAGAAAAAAACACCUGGAAAGAUUUACUUGAGAAGACUGUCUCGUCAGCGGAUGGCUCAUCACCCCUGAUCAAUCAUGGAUCCAUGCCACUACCUUCCCCCAGUAUACGCAGCGCUUCCCCAGUGUCAACUGGCAGCAAUGUCGAUGCAGACAACUCGAUGACAGAGCAGUCAGAUUCCAUGGAGACUCAUUCCUCCAACAACGACAUUGUGCUCUCUGACAACACACCUGUGGACCAAUCAGGCGCUUUUAUCUGUGGUGAAAGGCAAGCAGUUGGUGUGGCAGAAGCCGCUUUACAAGAUGUUGAAACACUUCGGCGGCUCAUAUCACGAGACCUGGAAGAGGACGGAUGGAGCCACGACUCAGAUGACACACCCACCAACGAGACGGCCAAUGAGGGGAGCUCGUUCUCUGACAGACAGCGGCCGGAGUCUUUGGAGACCAUCCUCAACUUCAGCACCAACGACCUGGAGGCUGAACCUGAGGAGGUUCCGCCCUCAGACACUGAACAGCCCAGCGUUCAGGUCAUAAGGAAAGCUGUGGUUGCGGGUCCUUCUUCUUCUUCUGUCCCUGAUGGCAUCACUGAUGAUGUCGCCCCCGACCAAUCAUCCAAGCCGAGAGGCGAGGCCACUACGCAGGGGAACACUUUCUACUUGGUAAUGCCGACAGAGCAGGGAGAGAGCGUCACUGAUGACCUCAACGACCCUCCUACCCCCACCGCCAGCCACUUCCCUCAGCCUCCGGAGGAAGUGAUGGCACCGCAGACGCAGCCUGCGGAGGAGACGCCAGCCUGCGGUUCAGAGUCCAACCAAUCAGAGGCUAUGCAACCGGAACAGGAAGAAGAAACGGGUCAAUCACAGGCUGGGCACCAGAGUCACGUGAUCAAAAAUGUGGAUGAGAUUUUCCACACAAUCGAGGGGUUGAUGAGCAAGUUGCGCCAGCUGAAGGAAAUAGAGAAGGCUCAUCACAAGCUUUUGAAAACCCUCACAGAGCCCUCUGUCAAUCAGGAAUCAGGCGACCAAAAGAAUCACUCGGCAACUGUCUCCAGGACGCCAUCUCUGGAUCGCGGCUCAGGAGACGGUAAAGAAGGAAGUCCAGCAGAACCCAAGAUUCAGUCAACUGGAUUCUGAUGUCGCUCUGUAGUGGAUUUACUUGCAGUCAUUCAGUCUUGAUUGAUGGCAUAUGAACACACCCAUAUGUACCUAUUGUCAGACUCGGGCACUGUAGCCCCGCCUCCCCUUGCCCCACAUCCCUGCAUGCACCGACCAGUGGAGCAGAGCCUAAGGACUGUAGCCGUUUUUGUUUUUCUGGUUCCCUGGGAUACCAAAAAACUGGUCGGACUCAUCAGGAUUUCUGAGGUCAACGCAACCUCUGAUUUCUACCAGAGCAUGAGGAGGAGUCCAGGGCAAGUGAGGACAAAAGUAUGAAGGAACAAAAAGGCAGAAGACAAGUUGACUAGUGAAGAGAAAAGGAAAAGUUGGAAGAGCUGGAAAAAUGACCAAGUUGGAUAUUUGUGAAGGAAAGUGAUUUGUAUGUCUUGCUUUUAAGAGCUGGUUGAAGGAACGGAGCAGAAAAGUGUUGAAAUGUUAAUUUAAGGAAAAAUCCGAGGGACCCAUCACCCCAGCACUUUACCCACAAUGCAUCCCUCUGUCAUGUACAUCUUCUACAGUGGACAGAUCAGGGACUGGACAUGCCUUGGGCUUCAUUUAGGGGCCGACACUUAAGCAAAGAUGGCCUCUGGGGGUCCCCUCCCCCCUUCCACUGGUUGCUUUACACUGAGUUCACCUGCCACUUAGGCCGAAGGACUGUGUCUAUAUAAUUCAGGUUAUUUGCACUGGGUAAGGAAACCAAUAUCACAAACACACAAGCAUCCUUUAACCUUAUUAUUCAUCUCAGAUGUUCAUGUCCCCCCACUGUGGGAGAAACGGUAGUUAUUAUCUAUGGGAACAGUUGCAGGCAUGCUGUCUUAUCCUUAAGCCUUUUUUUUUUUAAGCUACAAGAUGGCUAUCCAUCAAUGCAACGUAUUGAUCAUUACAUGUUUGGUAUUGAUUGUUUUUUAAGUUCUGGAAACACUACUGCGCUGUUUACUACUGAAAUGCUGGCAGGUUUUAUUUUCAGCGCUGCUUCAGAGGCGUACAGGGAUCUCAGCGAUUCAAAUAACAAGCUCAGCGGAUUCACACAGCUGUUUUGAACAUGUAGAGUUGUUAAGGUUAAACAUUUGGGAGAUUUUGGAUGCUUUUGGGCUGUUUUAAGACGGGCAACGAGUGUGAGGAAACAAGACAAUGACAGAUUCAAACAUAGAAACUUGAAUUUUCAGUGAAAACCUGUUUGUUACUCAAUUACAUUGCUGCCAAUUAAUACCGCUGACAUUGCCUGUCUCCAGUGUAUCGUGCGUGGAAAAACCACAGGAAAUACUGUGAACCAGCAUCUUCUCCCCUCUCCCAUCCAGUGGUCAUGCCAUACAGUGUUUAUAUAUAACCCUCAAGCCAUGACCCUUUACCAAGUAGCUUUGCAAUGUGAGACCUCCCUGAACUGAACAACUUACAUUUAUUCAAAGAUAUGAAAGGCUUUGUAAAAAUUAUUAAAUUUCACAUCAAGGUCACCUCUCAGUUGACGAAGCAAAAAUGCAUUUAAAGAAAGAGCUCAACAUUUUGAUAAAUGAGUUUAACUGCUUUCCUGCCAAGAGUUUUCCAGCCAGCAGCUGGUUAGCUUAGCUGAACGUAAACAAUGGAAGCAAAAGGAAACGGCCAACCUGCCUCUAAAGCUCGCUAAAUAAUAUGUUACAUCUUGUUUGUAUAGAUUAGACAAAACGAGAUGAAAUUUGUUAAUUAGUCAGCUUUAUAGGUGCUGGCAGGUGGAGUUUGUCACUUUGAAAAGAGCCAGACAAAGCUUCUUCCCCCUGUUUCCAGUGUUUAGGCAGAGCUAAGCUUACAUGCUGCUGGCUUCAGCUCUGUACUUAAUACACAGACAUGAGAGUAGCAUUGAUCUCCUCGUCUAACUCUUGGCAUGAAAUCGAAUUAGCGUAUUUCCCAAAAUGUCGAACUAUUCUUCUUACUAUUUUCGGAUCAUAUGUAAGGUGUUUAUCGUCCUUGACAUUGAGAAAUGUUUUGUUUAUGCCUUGGUUUAGGCAUGUAUAACCAGCAAAAACUGACACUUAAGCCAAGUUUGUCUCUGAUCUUUUUUUUUUCCCAAAGUCCAUCUCUAUGGAUCUAAAUACACACUUGAUAGAAAAUAUGUAUUUAAACAUCUACAAGGAAAGAACAUCUUAAUGAGAAGUUCUGGCUUGUACCAGUUAAAAUGUUUUUUUUUAAAUUUGUUUAUAGCUUCUUUCUCUCUCUCUAAUCAAGCUGGGCAGAAUCAAACUGAACUGAAUUUUAUUUGAGCUGGUUUCAAAUACUAAUUGGGGAGGGCUAUAGUUAGUUAGCCGGCCUCUUUACCAGCAUCAGACCUGACACUACACCACCAAACUGAACUACACUAUCAGCCACUGAGUCUGCUACUAAAAUGAUGUUUCACUGCCUGGAGGAAGGUUUUCACUCUUUAGCCAGCACACCCUAAGGAGGAGGAGUUCAUCAAGAGGUGUGACUUUCACAUAUGUACAGAUGUAAACAAAAAAAACAAAAAAAACAACAGUGCUACUGAACGACAGGAUGGCUGAUUUUCACAGCUGAACCUGUAUGAACUCGCAGAAGAAUUUGUGCUAAAAUGUAAAAAUGUUCUACCAAAGUGAAAUAUCUUUUCAGAGGUGUUGAAGGGAACUGUUUUUUUGUAGUCAGAUUUUGGCUGCUGUUUUUCAAGCAUCUCAGACCAGGAAACUGAAGUUUUCUCUCUGAAAAGAAAAAUAUUCCUAAAUAUUAACAUUCUUCCAUGUCCUCACAUGCAAUAUUAGUUUUUGGCCAUAGUUUCACAAAAGAAAUUAGGAGUAUCGGAUUAUCACUUGGUCUGAGCCGGUUGAAUCAAAAUUACAAUCUCUCUCUAAAAAUCUAUCUGUGCAUCUCCUUUUCUUUUCACUCACCUCUAACUACAGAAUUUUCAUCCCCAAUUUCUACCUCUACACCUCAGUUUCUUUGUAUCUUCAAUUAUCUCCUUUUUUCAUUUUUCUUUUCUUUUUUACAUUUAUCUCAUACAUUGACAUCAGCGUUUGGCCCUAACCGGCUGUAAAGAAGCUAUAACUGAUUUCCCUUUUUUUGUAAUAUUGCACAAAUAAAACUUCCCUGCACAGUGCAAACUACUGUAUGCAUACACACAUCUUUAACUUUCAUCUCAUUGUCUUUUUAUUUUGUUUUAAAAAAAAAAAAAAAAAAAUCGUGUUCACUCAUGUAAUAUAGAGAAAUCAGACCCACUUGUUUUAUAUAUGUUAAUUUUUUCUGUAAAGCCUUAGUCCUUGUAUUUGAUUUUAUUUUUGUAGAUAUGAUUAAAAAAAAAAGGAUGUAUAAAUUAUUUUCUUUGCCCUUGUUUUUAAAAUUGGUGAGAUUGUUAGCUGCACAGAAGCAAAGAGGAGCGAGCUCAUGUUUAAGAUUCAUGUGUUUUUGUGAGAUUAAAAGAAACUGGAUAAAGAAAAAAUA